AUGACAUUAUUUUCAUCACCAAAUAAUGAUUUAAUUCAACUUAGUUUACCAUCAAUUGAUAGACCAUUUGGUUUAUAUUUAUGGCCGAUUUUCAAUAAAGUUUUUGAAUUAAUAAUUGGAUAUCCAGCUGAUGAUUUUGAGUUUAUUUAUCAUAAAACUUUUUUAGCAAAUGGAUUUCAUGCUAUAAGUAUUAUUAUAGUUUAUUAUAUAAUUAUAUUUGGUGGUAGAUUUUUAAUUAAUACUUUUAAAUUACCAGCUUUAAAAUUAAAUUUUUUAUUUCAAUUACAUAAUAUUGUAUUAACUUUAUUAUCAUUAAGUUUAUUAUUAUUAUGUAUUGAACAAUUAAUUCCAAUGUUAUAUAAUCAUGGAUUAUUUUAUGCAAUUUGUUCAAAAGGUGCUUUUACUCAAAAAUUAGUUACUUUAUAUUAUUUAAAUUAUUUAACAAAAUAUCUUGAAUUAAUUGAUACAGUCUUUUUGGUUUUGAAAAAGAAAAAAUUAUUAUUUUUACAUACUUAUCAUCAUGGUGCAACUGCAUUAUUAUGUUAUACUCAAUUAACUGGGUCCACCUCAGUUGAAUGGGUUCCAAUUACUUUAAAUUUAGCAGUACAUGUUGUAAUGUAUUGGUAUUAUUUCUUAAGUGCAAAAGGUAUAAAAGUUUGGUGGAAAGAAUGGGUAACAAGAUUUCAAAUUAUUCAAUUUAUAUUAGAUUUAGGAUUUGUUUAUUUUGCAACUUAUACUUAUUAUGCAUUCCAUUAUUUCCCAAAUUAUUUACCAACUAUGGGAGAUUGUCAUGGUACUGAAUUAGCAGCUGCUUAUGGUUAUUUAAUUUUAUCAUCAUAUUUAGUAUUAUUUAUUAGUUUUUAUAUUAAAGUUUAUAAAUCAAAAGGUUCAAAAAAAUCAUUAGAUAAAAAAUCAGGAGUUGCUGGUAACAAUAAUGAAAAUGUUAUUAAUACUGAAAGUAAAUCAACUGGUGUUUCAUCUGGUUCAACUAAACCAAAAUCAAGAAAAGCUUAA